AGAUAAACCGCCGUCGAAAUGAAAGAGAUGAGCCCAGGCGAGCUGAGAUAAAUCGUCGUCGAAUGGAAAGAGAUGAGCCCCGGCGAGCUGAGAUAAAUCGUCGUCGAAUUGAAAGAGAUGAGCCCCGGCGAGCUGAAAUAAAUUGUAAUCAAAAUGAAAGAAAUCAGGCUAGGCGAGAACUUAAUAGGUAUAAUAUGCAUCGCAUAGCAAGAAAUAAUAUUGCUAUAGAGAGUAACUACCUCGGAGAAUUAAACCAUAAUUGUCGGUAUUGCAGUGCAAAGAAGUUUUUAAAUGAAACUCAUUUUUUGUGCUGCCAUUCAGGAAAAGUUAUAUUAGCUCCUCUUUCUCUUUAUCCGCCAUUGUUGACUGGUUUAAUGACAGGAAACCAUGUUGAUCAUGCUGUAAAUCAAAAUUUUUUUAAACACAUAAGGAGUUAUAAUUCCUCUUUAUCUUUUGCUUCCUUCACUGCCGAAAUAGGUCCUCCCUCAAAUAAUGGCCCUUUCUGUUUUAGGGUCUGUGGGCAAAUUUUGCAUCGUGUUGGAAAUUUAAGGCCUGCAGAAGGUUGUCUGCCCAAAUAUUGUCAGCUGUAUAUCUAUGAUCCUAAUGCAGCAGUGUCAUUCAGAAUGGAACAACCUGGUAAUGAUGGUUGUAUACAUGAGUUAAUGCAACUCUUGCAAACAUUAAUUAAUCAAGAAAACCCAUUUGCUCUUGCAUUUAAAAACAUGGCAGAAGUAGAGGAUGAAGAAAUCCGCCAAGCAGCUUUAGAAUAGUAUUAUAAUUAUAGGCUUGCUGUUAGACAAACUUUUAGUCCUAUAUUCUAUGGUAAGAAACUUUUUCAGCAAUAUGUUGUUGAUGCAUAUGUCAAAGUUGAGGGACAGCGCCUUGCUUUUAUUAGAAAUAACCAAAACUGAUUGAUUGUUUUUAUUGCAUUUUUAAUUUUCUUUUAUUUAUCUCUAGCUGCUGCUUCUUCUGUUACAAGCUCGAAGUCAUGGGAAGAUUUCCGAAAGUAUCGCUCCCAGCAUCCAGGCCCUCUAUCUAUGAGGGCCUUCCAUCGCUGGUGUUUGUAUGGGGACAACCAUCCCUCCUUUAGAUGGAGGGAUGGCACCCCAUACAACACGGGGAAUAGAGCGGAUGCUGGGAGGAGAAGACAACGUGGCUCAAAAGUUGUCAAUAAUUUUUUUACAUUUUAAAAUGUAAAGAAAUUGACAACUUUUGAGCCACUUAAUUUUUUUUUUGUAAUUUUUUUUUGUAAUAUAUUUUUGUAAAUUUAUUUUUGUGUUGUUUUUUAAUUUUUCCCAUGAAUGUUAAAUGUUAUCAAAGUAAAUCAUUUAAAUAAAGACACCCUUAUCAACAAUGCUCAUUAACUAGAAAUAAAAGUCACGGUCAUACAUUUGAUAAAGUUAAUGUUAAUCUCAAAGGGAUUUGGUUUUCACACAAUCAAACUCUAUGUAGCACCUUCCAGAACUAAGAAUAUAAGUGUGUGGUGUUAGUAGUUUAAAAUAUGUAUAAUAAACUCAGAAUAACUCAAUAACCCUCAACAAAACUAUGAACUAAUUUUGAAAUUCAAGUUGAGUUUUUUUAUUUAUUAAUACCUCCCCUCCCAAUAACUCUAAUUUUCCUUAAAAAACUAAUUUUUUUGUCCUUUGAAGGUGGUUCUGCUAUUUAAUUAAUUGUUGUGAUGUUUUAUGCAAAUAGAUUUAGCUCACAUUCAUGUUGGUCUGUCAAGGUUAUGUAAAAA